UGAGCGCGCAAUAUAAGCGUGGGGCCCAGCCCCGUGCACAUAGAGUGCGCCGCCGUGGCACUGUAACCAAAGACGCGGCGCGGCCAUGCUCUUCAAGUACUGCGUCUUCGUGGCCCUGGCGUGGGCCGCCCAGGUCAUCGUCGCUGAGCAUGCCGUUUUAAACCUGAGGGGCCACAAGCGGGGUCACAAAAGUGCCGCCGCCGUGGCUGCAGGACUUGGCUCCAUGAAGAUCGUCGGAGGUUUGUCUACCUCCAUAGUGAAACGUGCUUUCAUGGCCAAUGUAGGCAUCGCGAAAGGCAACACGUUCACGCCCCAGUGCGGCGGCACCAUCUUGGACAAGCGUCACAUUCUAUCCGCUGCCCAUUGCUUCAAGGACCGCAAGGUGACCUACCGCGUGAGGGUGGGCUCCAGCCAAUGGGCGUCGGGCGGCCAGCUGGUGGACGUGACCAAGAUCUACGUCCCCAGCCAGUACAACAAGGCCGCGGCGUACGACUACGACGUCGCCGUCCUCAGGGUCAGCAAGGACUUGGUGCUCGGCCAAGCGGUGAAAGCCGUCACCCUGGUGCCGGUCGGCCAGAAGGUGGUCGCCAACACGGAAAUCACGCUCAUCGGCUGGGGUUACACCGACGCCCUCCACUCCGAACCGCUGCCCUCCGCGCUGCGCGAAGUCAAAAUCGAGACCAUUGACCAGACCGAGUGCGAGGACGACUAUUCCGGCUUCGACCUCACCGUCACCGACAGGAUGCUCUGCGGCAUGCGCGCGGAAAAGGACUCCUGCCAGGGCGACUCUGGCGGCCCCGUCUUCAACGACAAGACCGGCCAGCAGAUGGGCAUCAUCUCGUGGGGCAUGGGCUGCGCGCAGAUGGGCUCCCGGGAGUCUUCACCAACCUGGCGCACCGCGACAUCCGGGACUUCAUCGCCAAGGCCCAGAAGGACAAGGCGUGAAGCGGCGCGAAGGGGAAGAGGUGCGUGUACUCGCUGACUUUGUAUUAAGCGUCCGGGUCAGUGGGCCGAGACACCAGCCCGCCCGAGCGCUCCAAAAUAAACGCGAAAACAACGCAGAUACAUGGAAAUUUAGACGACCUUCAUUGCCGA